AUGCCUCGUAAGAAGUGGAUCGACAAGAACAAUCCAACUACUCAGACCUAUGCUCUCCUCUAUCGGUCUCAGGAUGACCCAUUGCUCAACGAUGACACCGCCGGCGAUCGCGCUCUUUUCUCAGUCUCAAAUCGGAAGAAUCAGCCUCAGUCUGCAGCGUCCUCUUCUUCUACCCAGCGGCAGGACCGAGCGCUGCACCUGGCCGAUCUAGAAGAUGGCGACGAACUGGAUUUCGAGGAUAUGCGAGACAAUGAGGGCGAGGCUGCCGAGUAUGGUAUCUACUUUGACGACACAAAGUAUGACUACAUGCAACACAUGAAAGACUUGGGCGAGGGUGGAGGCGAUAGCCACUUUGUCGAUGCACUACCUACCAAAAUGAAGGGGAAGACGAAGAAGGAUACAAUGCGCUUGGAGGAUGCAUUACGACAGGUAAACCUGGACGACGAGGAGUCUUCUGCACCAAGCCUGGUCGAUGGCGGCCUGAGUACUGUUUCCAGAACAACCAAAGGCAAGAGAGUGUUGGAGAGUCAGCAAGAUGUGCCCGAUGAGAUCGCCGGUUUCCAGCCAGAUAUGGAUCCGAGGUUACGAGAGGUUCUCGAAGCCUUAGAGGAUGAUGCUUAUGUUGAGGACCAGGAUGAGGAAGACGUCUUUGGUGCACUUGGGUUCGAUGGUCAGAACAACGGUGAGCUAGAUUUGAGCGAGUUUGAAGGCAGGUACGAAGACGAUGAUGGCUGGGAAUCCGACGCCACCGAAAAAGCUUCAGAACAGCCCAAAGAACUGAAGAUGCCGUUGCAAGAGCACCCUGAAUUGAAUCAUGUAAACGACAACCAAGGCCUGCCGCUUGACAGCGAUGUGACGGCUAACGCUGUAGCCGAAGAUGGUGACUGGCUGAAAGAUUUCGCAAAGUACAAGCGAGACACGAAAAAAGUGCCUGCUCAACCUCAGUCGGGUUCAGUCGUUGCUGCUUCCGCUGUACACGAUCACGCGCCUUCACUAUACACUCUCAACGGCACACCACUAAGGCAGAAGAAGCGGAAAGGCGCUCUGACCAACCCUAGCACGUAUUCCAUGACAUCCUCUUCUUUAAAUCGUGGAGAAGGUCUUCAAUUUCUAGACAGACGUUUCGAUCAAGUGGAGAAGAUGUAUAGCCUAGACGAAGCUGACGAGUUUGACGAUACGGAUGGUGCUGCCUCCAUAAUCUCGGGCAUGACCGGCGCUUCCAAGAUGUCCAAGAUGUCGACAUUAUCAACCAGCAGUUUUGCUGACCCAGAGGCGGUUCGAUCUGAUUUCGAUGGGAUGGUGGAUGAUUUCCUAGGAGACUGGAACAAAGCUAAUCCUGGCGGCAAGCGGAAAGGCGCAAAGGGGAAGCGUGGCAAAAAUGGUAACGAAGUGUAUGGUCUGCAGCAACUAGGCGAGGUUAGGAAAGAACUCGGCCCUGCAAGAAUAAGUCGGAAGGCGCAAAAGGUAUGA